GGUGGCGGCGGGCUCGCCGCUGCUCUUGACAACAAUCACCACAGUACGACCAUAGAAGUCAAGCCAAAUACGGCAUUCCUCGAAGAAUCUGAAUACAGCGAAGAAUCAGCUGUGGAUGCGAAUGGCGAUGCUCGUGGUGUAACUACAAGUAUGUUACAACGUGCUGAUGGUACUUCGAAGCUGAUUUGUUUAGAAUGUACUUCUUAACGAAAUGAUACCUUUACCUCAUGAUCACCUCAAAAAAGUUAUAUGGAAGACUUUUCUUCGUUUUCCUGUGCACUCCCACCCAUUCUCAUUCAAUUUAUCAGUUUUUUAAACACCUCACGCAGCAGAGACGACGCGUCCCAGUGCAGAAGACCUUUGGCGAGAAAUGGGUUUGGGACCACUGACUGCGGUCAAUGGCCAAUACGUAGCGACUAUGAUCUGGAACAGCCCAUAUUUUCAAAGGAAGAAUGUGCAAAUUAGUCCGAAAGAAGCCGACGAUGCGCUGAGCACAGUCGGAUCGCAAGUGCGAUCGGAAGGUGGUCACAAAAUCAGAGGUUGUAAGAAGAACAUGACCAGGCUACCAGGCGAACGAUACGAAUGCAAUUUCGAGACUUUCAAGAAAAUGUACGACCAGAGCCCUCGAUUGCAAUAGCGCGAUGGUCGGACGCCAGGCUUAGUCCGAGUAUUGAGCGCUUAUUGCCACCUUAUCCUUAUAGACGAAUACCUUCAACUUGAUGAAAAAUGUGCUGUAGUCGUGUGUGCAGAUUAUAUUCAGCAGCUACAUCAAUUUCAAUAUCAUCUUGCUACUUUUUCUUGACCUUGAGUGCUAUUAUACUCGUUCUCGCUGGCUUCGUUGCGCCCAGGUGUCAACUUCUUGUUGGAUUUUCGACAAGACACAAGCAACGCGCUUCCUGAGAUUCCUCUCAGCACAAUGUAGCUCGUUACUCGAUAUCGGGGAAGCCUUGGGUCUUCUUUGCCAUGCUGUUGCGCCUCGCGCGUGCCUUGGCUGUUGCCCCAUUUGUUCCACGUCACACCUCGCCGUCUUUGUUUGCCUUCGCCUUCUUCGCCUCCACUUCUUGCCCCCACCGUCCUGCCCCUCCUUCCUGCCUCCACCUCCCUGCCUCCACCUCCCUGCCUCCACCUCCCUGCCUCCACCUCCCUGCCUCCACCUCCCUGCCACCACCUCCCUGCCAACACCUCCCUGCCAACACCUACAUGCCUUCACCUACAUGCCUUCGCCUGCUUGCCUUCGCCUGCUUGCCUUCGCCUGCUUGCCUUCGCCUGCUUGCUUUCCCCUCCUUGCUUUCACCUCCUUGCUUUCACCUCCCUGCCCCCAGCUCCCUGAGAACGCGGGCGGCCCAGACCUGAGAGGCCUGAGCUGCCAAAGCUGGCGGGCCAAAAGGUCUGGGCAUGCAAGCUGGGCGGGACCAGCGAGGACGAGCAGAAAGCGCGGGCCUGGGAGGGAUCAUCGACGUCGAGCGCCCCGCACGGCACCGGCAACAUCCCCGCCCCCGCGCGUGCAUGUUCGCCUGGCUUGUCUCAUUGGCGUGGCGUGCCAAAUUGAUUCCGCGCGCAAGGAUUCCAGGCUGCGUGGGCUGCUUCGGUCUUUGUUCCUCUCGCUCCAUCUAUCAUCUCGACGGCAGCCGCCAAGGGCCGGGCGCUCCGUGCCUCGGUCGCUUUUUCUGUUUUCUCUUAAGUUUUUUCUCUGUACUUGUGGCUGUGCUGUUAUCAAGGAGGGGCCGCCCAAGGGGCGGCCCCGGUUUCUUGUAUAUAUAGCAGAGUAGUUUAUAGCACGCAUGGCGCAUGGAGUGCAUGGGGCGCAGAGCUUUAAGGGGCGCAAGAAGCUCCCCCUUUAGCUCCUUGCUACUCCAUGUGAUCCAUGCACUCCAUGCCGUGCGAGCUGUGAAGCCUUAUAAACUGCUCUGAUAUAAUUACUGGGGAGUUGGGUUACAGGCCUACUUAGAGAUUGUGGCCUUUUAUUUAUUCCAGUUCGACUGAAGUUAAAAGUAAGAACAAAAGACAAGAAGAAAGGUUUUUUUCCCCGGUUUUUACUCCUUACUCGGUAUCGGUUGCGGAAGUCUGCUCAAGACCGGAGGCAUCCUUGCAGGGGGCGCUUAAGAGGAUGUCCCGCCCGGGGCCCCUUCCGCUCGGUAUGUAUCUUUUCCAACCAUUUUUUUCUCGCGGUUUUUUUGAGUGUACCUGACUUCCCUCAUACCCUACUCUCUGUGCCUGCAGAAUGUUAAGGUCUAAGUCACUUGUUAACCCAAUUAGAAUAGGUACUACCGUACAGCUGGAACUGUACAAAGGAUAGUACAAUGUGACCAUACUUUAAGUAAGAGUUGUAACCUACUAGAAGUAUUACUGCCUGUAAUUCUUGGCUCUUAUCUCCUGCUUACCAGUUACUGGGAAGUUGGGAGCAGCACACUCAACAUGGCCCACAAAUGUUCGCUGCAGAUGCGUUAUUAUGUGACUGGGAAUGCGGCUUCUCGACAUAAUAAUCCCCCUCCUCUUGCCACCUGCUCCUCCUCCUCUUUCCUUCACAGGUAAGCCGUCGCUAUUUUCAAGGUCACACUCACGUCUAUUCGUCCGUGGUUUGGAAGGAGAACAUACAAAGGAGAAUACCAAUACGAAAUUCAUUGUUAAAAAUUGAGCAGAUGAAAACGAAAGCAACCCAGGAGCUCACCGAAGAACGUCUGGUAUUCUUUUUCCUUGGUUGCUUGCUUGGUUGCAUCGUGAAAUCAUGAUAUGUUGAGGUCCUUGUUGUUUGAAUAUCGACAUUCGACAACGUCGAGCAUCAUCUUCUCUCGUCUCCGUUUUUGUUUUAGUAAAACUUCUUGAUGGUCAGUUCUGUACCAAUCACAAUAUCAAUGGCACUACUGUUACUCAACAAUAACGAUCAUAAACAUAAACGAACCACUACCGUCAGAUAUCUCGGAAGAAUCGAUUUCAAUGUCCUACCAAGACAGCCCAUUAGCCUUUGAAUCCCUGAAAAUCGACGAAAGAGCAUGAGUGUACCAUUGACGAUAUUCCCCUUCAGUGGGUGAUCUUUUUCCUCUGUGGUUUACUCUGGUGAGUCUCCCAGACAGAAGCCACUGCCUUGCUGUAAAGAGAGACGCGCAUAGGCAGGAUCUCUAUGUUGAAACGACUUUCAUCCUUGGGGAUCUUUUGUGCCUCACUUGCUUGAUGCCGAUCAAGUUCUUUUGAAGUCGAUUGCGGCAUCUCUCCUAGGCAAGGCCAUAAGCAUAGUACACACACAUAAAACGGAACGAACUCUCCUCGAAUCCAGUUCCAGUUGCAGACAGCGAUAUUGAAACUGAAGGGGAGUGCAUCCAUAUCGCUUUCAAUCACUCAGCCACCACCCGGGUGUUUUUUUUGUUACAUACCUAAUUGUAAUUCACCCAGUAGCAC